UGUUGACGUUCGUCAUCUGUGGUUUAUGUGGAAAGUCUGCGAAUCGGCAGCAACGGGAAAUAAAUAAUCGUUUUACCGUCUGUGUUCGCAAUUGUUUGUUUUUGUCGCGUUACCGAUACGUGUUGGCAGUAUUUUUACGGGCAGCUAAAUCAAAGCUUCCAUUGUGUGCAGUUGCUGUUGCAUUGUUUUCCUCACCGUCGUUCCCCAUCGGCGAACAUUGUUGAUACUCCGAUACACCUCACCAUCAUCAUCAUCAUUAUCAUCGCCAUCAUCACCAUCGGAAUUGGCAUCAUUGCUUAAUCAAUCCGGUUCGGGGUGCUGUUGGAGAAAGUGUUUUCGGGAUACGAUCGUUGUGGAGCAAAGUGUCAUCUGUUUGUGGUGCAUCCAUAUUUCCCAAGAUUGUGCGUGGUUGUCCCGGUGAUGCACCAGCCGACAACCUGCUAGCAACGCAACAGUGCUGUUGAACGCCUACAGGCAUUUAACGUUAAUCUAUUGAACGGUAGUGAUUGUUGUAGCCCCCUCUCUACCAGUCGGUUAUCUCAAUAUCGUCAUCAAUACGACAAGUGGACACGGAGAAAACUUUGAACCGAAACGUAGUGUGCAACGGGCGGAUCUCGCUACCACCUUCCAGCAAUGGCUUCCAAUGCUGCUGCUCCGGGCGGAAAAAGUGACACGUCACGGAAACCACCUGUGAUAAAGAAUCCGCUGCUGAGCUCGCAGGUUACCGGGUUGACGCUGGACGAUUUUGCACCGGUGGCGGUGCUGCUCCCGGCAGCGCCACUGCCCGCCAUCGCCAAGGAUCCAUCGGAAUCAACAGCACCCAGCAAGCCGGCCAUCUUUAGCUCGCAGCAAACGGUGACGGGCACGAUCCCGGAGCUGCCACAGGAUACGGAUAGCUUUAGCGAGAUCGAUCUUACCGCCAGCAGCGAAUCGCAAGCCCCGUCCCGGCCGCCCACGAUCGACUACAAUCCGCUGCAGGAUUUGGAAGAUAGCGACGGACGAGCGGGCCCGGUCCAGUACGGCGACACCGGGGAGCAGUCGGGCGGAUCGUACCUGCAGCAAACGUCGGCACUGACCGCCCAGUUUGCCGCCCAGCUGCCGAACGUCGCGUCAACGGUAUUUUCGACCUUCAGCCGUGUCAUCAAGGGCACCUCGCCGGCACCACCUCCAGCAGCCGCACCGCCGUCGUACGCAAACGACCCAUCAGCGGCACACGUGGUCGGUACGUACGGUUCGCCGGCAGAAUUUCAAACUACUACGCCCGGCAGCAGCAACAACAACAGCAACCCGUCGACGUUAGGGCCGUUAAUAAAUUCAUCCGCGUACGACCCGUCGUCCGCCUUCGGUGCACCACCGCAAACCGCACCGGACGAUCGUCACCAUUCGGAGGGACAAUUAGCCGCCGGACCGCCACCACCCGCACCGACGUUCUACAACCCGGAACAGGUGCCGUCGGCUGCGGGGCUACCACCACCGACCGCUCACGGUGGCAUAUCGAACACGUACCGGUUAGGUGGCAGCAAGAAGAAAACGUACGCGCAUAUACCUGGCCUGAACACCACCACCGCCCAACCGGUCCUUGGGUCGGCUGCAUCAUCGGCACCGAACGCUGCAGUACCAACACCCCCUGUAACUCAUCCCUUUGUGACACCAUCGGGACACUAUCCGCCCGCACCCGUCAAUCUAGGCGAAGUGAAACAGGCAGCACCACCGGAGAACGAGGAACCUCCCAAAGGCAAGCCGUCGCUGUUGAGCUACCUGCCGAGCAACAUCCUUGAGAAGCUUCCCAAACCGAGCUUUGGCGGUGAGAAGAAGGAAGAACCGGCGGCCCCGUUCACUGGCGGAAUACCAAGUGGAUCAAUCGCGGACCAAUUUGUCGAUGUCAAUGCUGCACCGACAGGGGCACCGGUAACUGCAGUACCACCUCCACCACCGUUGGCAAGUGCUACGCCAUUAGCCGCUACUGUACCGUCGUUCUUUGCGGCUCCACCAGUAGUCGAAUUUGCACCACCGCCAGUUGUAGCGCCGGCAGAAGCGAGCAGCAGCACCUUCUUUACGGCCGCUGCUCCAGAGACAGCAAAUCCAGCAGGUCCGUCGGUACCGCCCGUCUCCGAACCGGUGGCAGCAGCUCCACCUCCGGUGUUUUUCUCGCCCGCGCAGAUUCCAACGGUUCGCACGGCACCGUCCGUAUCGUCGAAGAGCAAUCCGUACAGCUCAACGCGUGCCUCGGGCGUUGGACGGUACAAGAACCCGCUGGCACCGAUUGUGCCGCCCGUUGCUGGAGCGGUAUUUUUGCCGAAUCAGCCACCACCGUUGUCUACUGCGCAUCAGCUGGGAGCUCAGCCACUGCCGCCGCCAUCUCAAACGGGACCGGCAGCAGGCGUGCCACCGAGCAUUUUUACGCCUCCUGUUGCAGCAGCUGCUCAACCGGUAGCUUUAUCUAGCGCUCAAGAGGGCAAUCAACCACAGCUACCACCACUGGCAAGUGCACCUCCAAGUAUUUUCACGCCUUCUUUUGCGCCAUCGGCAAAUCCAGCACCGGUUUCAAUUUUCAAUCCAACUGCUCCAAUUCCGGUCGUUUCGGAUAAAAGUGAAUAUCCUCAACAAUCGCCAUUACCAGCACCACCAUCGGAAGGCAGCGUACAACCUACGUUGAUUCCGGUCCCUACUUAUCAAGGAACUGCAUCAACUCAGCCACAAUCCGCCUCAGUAAAGGCCGAGGCUGUACCUCAAUCUUCCCUAGGAUCGAUAUUUAAUCCAUACGCAACACAGCAGCAGCCGCUAGAAGCGCAACAGGUGGACACAAACUUAAAUUUCCAGCAAACGGUAACUGCAACAGAGCCGUUGCUUUAUAAAUCAGAAAAUUUACCCAUUGCCGCCCCAACCGCAUCAAGCUUCCCACUAGCUGCUGAGUCGGUGCAAAAUCAAUUCGCUUCUUUUAGCAUUGGAACUGCUACAGCGAUUGCAUCAGUCGCCUCGCAAGGCGUAAACGACUUCCCGUCAUCGUUCCUAGGAACAGAACCAGCUCAGUCUCCCGGAUCCGGUACCGCGAAACCUAUCGUGGACAGUCGCUCAAAGUCGAGCGAAAACGUAGAACGAAGAACUUCCCAAAGGCAAGGCGUCGCUUCUUUUAGCAUUGGAACUGCUACAGCGAUUGCAUCGAUCGCCUCGCAAGGCGUAAACGAUUUCCCGUCAUCGUUCCUCGGAACAGAACCAGCUCAGUCUCCCGGAUCCGGUACCGCGAAGCCUAUCGUGGACAGUCGCUCAAAGUCGAGCGAAAACGUACUAUCGCCACCACCGCGGCCCAAUUCGAACCUUAGCGAACCGGCAGCAAUAUUUCCCGGGUCCGUACCGCCGGCAGACAUUUUCCUUCCUGACCCUCAAGAGGAAAAACUUACUCAACCCGCUCAAGACUUGAACGGCAAUAACGGGUUGUCCAACUUUUUCGGUACAAAUCAUUCUCAACCAGCGAUCCCGGUUGUUGAAUCACAAACGAACGCUAACUUUGUUUUCCCAGCCCAGCAACCGAUAGAGCAGCAGGCUAAGAAGACGGUGCUUGCAUCGACCGAGCCAACGCCAGCCAUAAAUCCGGUCGAUUUCUUCAACAGCAACACUAUCGUCCCGCAGGCAGACGCCACCGAAGCGAACACCACCAAAACGGGUCAAACCGUAUCGUCCGUGCCGCUGUUUAACUUUUUCGGUCGUGCAGCUGACCCGGCACCACCGGCUGUUGUGCAUGCACCGGCAGAAAGCGUACCGUUGGUGGAAUCCACGCCCAAGGGUCCUGUGAAGGAAGCAACGCCUACUGCCAACACUACUGCAACUGAGCAAGCUGUUUCCUCGAGCGUAUCGCACGUCAGCAGCUUCAGCAACCUCGCGAACGAACGCUACGACGAGGAAGGCGAACAGGAACCCGGCCGUAUAGAGCCCGCCUCCAACGAGCCGAUCUUCAGCAGCGACAAUCUGUUCGACUUCAAAGCGUCCGCCUACCAGGACGGUGGUUUCUAUUCUCGCGAUACCGGCCGCACGUACGACACGUACGACGGGAACAGCAGCAUGGCAGCGAUGGCGACGACGAGCGUCGGUGCGCAGGACACCACCACCGCCACGACGAACACGGGGGGCACCUCGAUAGCGGAGUCCAGCACCACCAACAUUGCCUACCGGCCCACCUACAACCACUGGUUCUAUCGGCGCGAGAUCGAGGGCAAAAGCGUCUGGUCCCCGUUCACCAUGGCCGACUCGAUGUCGCUCGAGGACGGGCUGACGACGCUGCAGGCAAGGGGCGAAAGCGCAGACGCAGAAAACGACGGCAACCCGCCCGUGAUAGUGCACACCGACGGCGGACGGUACGAUGUGUCGAUCAGGGAGCGAACGCGCACGCCCGUCUACUGGAAGGGGCCGGCCAACGAGGUGCGGCGGUGCUCCUGGUUCUACAAAACGGUCGACUCGCGGUUCGUACCGUACGAGGAGGAGGUGGCCGAUCUGCUCGAGCGCGAGUACAAGGAGGCGGCUACGUCGGGCGAGUGGCACCGGCGGGUGACGAUCCCGAACGGGGAAACGGUCGUGUUUCACGGACCGUCCGUCAUCGUGCACUUCCUGCAGACACAGAAUCCGGACACGUGGGGUGGCGGCAGCUCGCCCGUGCCCUCGACCACGAACCGGCCGCGCGUGGUGAAGCGUGGUAUCGAUGAGUUUAAUAUCGACGACGACGAGCCGGAAAAGAUCGACCAUUUGCUGUUCAUGGUGCACGGCAUUGGGGAGGCAUGCGAUCUGCGGUUCCGGCGCGUCGAGGAGGUGGUCGACGAGUUCCGCAGCAUUUCCGCCCAGCUCGUGCAGAGCCACUAUCGCUCGUCGUUCGAUCGGGGCGAUGUGGGGCGGGUCGAGAUACUGCCCAUCUCCUGGCACGACGAUCUGCACUCGGAGGAGUCGGGCGUGGACGAGAAGCUAAAGUCGAUAACGCUACCGUCGAUACCGAAGCUGCGCCACUUUACCAACGACACGCUGCUGGACGUGCUGUUCUACACCAGCCCGAUGUUUUGCCAAAGCAUUAUCGAUGCGGUUGGCAAAUCGUUGAACCGGCUGUACGCGCUGUUCUGCCAGCGCAAUCCAACGUUCCAUGGGCGCGUUUCGCUGGCGGGCCAUUCGCUCGGUUCGUUGAUACUGUUCGAUCUGCUGUGCCAUCAGAAGCGUGCCGAGCAAAAGCAGUCGUGUGAGCCGGAGAAUUCGGAGAAUCCCGACGAUGAUACGGUAUCACCGCUAACGCCACACCAUGCCUUCGUCAACCAUCGGCCGCUGGUGCGCAAAUGCUCGCAGCAAAUCAACUACGAAGUGGGACCGGCCGGUACGGGCCAACCGUACAUAACCUACCCGCAGCUAAUGUUUCAGCCGAAGAUGUUCUUCGCCCUCGGCUCACCGAUCGGUAUGUUCGUGACGAUACGCGGCAUCGAUGCGCUGGGCCUGGACUUUAAGCUGCCGACGUGCGACGGGUUCUUUAACAUAUUCCACCCGUACGACCCGGUCGCGUACCGCAUCGAGGCACUGAUCAAUCCCGAUCUGAGCACGCUGGCCCCGGUCCUGAUACCCCAUCACAAGGGCCGCAAACGGAUGCACCUGGAGCUGAAGGAGACGGUACUGCGGGUGGGCAACGAUUUGCGGCAGCGCGUCACGGACGUGUUCCGCAACACGCUCGACACGGUGUACUCGCUGACGGCCAUGGGCUCCAAGCCCGAUCCGAAGGCGAUACAGAAGGAGGUGGAUAAGGUGCUGCAGGAUCAGCUGAAGUUUGAUGCCGCCGGCUCGACGUCCAACCUGUCGUCCGGCACGAGCGAUGUCGAUAGUGGUGAGACGAAUCUACCGCUCGGCAAGCUGAACCAGUCCCGGCGCGUCGAUUACGUGCUGCAGGAGGCACCGUUUGAGUUCAUCAACGAGUACUUGUUUGCGCUGACCAGUCAUGUGUGCUAUUGGGACUCCGAGGACACGAUGCUGUUUCUGAUGAAGGAAAUCUACAGCAGUCUCGGCGUACAGACGGAUCAUCAAGUGCCGCAGCAAACGAUGACGAUCGAGCGGCCACUGGCCGGCACCAGCCCUACCGUGGCCGCCUCAAGCUGCUCUUUAAACAGCAAUUACAAUCUGUUCCCACAGGAAGUGCCACCGGCCCGAGAUGCGCCUGACAAUCGGCUAUAGUUUGCACUGAGAGACAAUUAUGCUAAUUUUGUAUGACACACACACCCGUAGCACACGGACAAUCGGCCCUAGGCUGUAAUACCCCGUGUAUGGUCUUAUCUAGUUGCUUACCUCGUUGUUUAAGUGGUCCUUAUUUAAGAGUAUUUUAAUCGAGGGUGUACAAUUUAUGUUUCUCUUAAGUGUUUUCUUUUCCUCCUACUUGUUUUACUUAGUCUGUAGCUUGUUUGCUUUUUAAAUCAUAACGGAACGCGUGUAAAAGAAAGUUGUUGCAAAUGGUUCGUCCGGAAGGUGUAGUCAGCUCGGUAGGUUUAGAACACUUGAUAUAUCAACGCAGUACAGCGCACAUUGUAUCGUGCUAGGUUAGCUAAAACAAUAAUAAAAAAAAAGUUAUUUAACAGAAAAA